UUAAAGGAUACAUUGGCUUUCGUUAAUGAAUUAUUAAUUAUAAAGGCAUACGUAAAUAAUAAAUGAAAAUCCCGACUUUCUGCCUUUGGUAAACAAAUAAUUAGGUCUCGUGAACGUCGAAAGAAUACAUCUAUCAAUUAGUUUUGACCCAAGUUUGCUAUUGAUUAUUGGCAUAUGCUGUAUCUUGAGGAAAAGUGCCCUCUUGGAAUUUGCGAAAGAAAAGCGUUUAAGUAAAGGUGUAUAAAGGAAGCAUUUAAUCACAUUGUUUUGGACAGAGUGAGACUGUAUAACAUUGAGUCAGAUAGAUGCAUUAAUCAUGUUAAUUGAAUAGAAAUUUCUACUGCUGAGAUACACUUAACAAAGUGCUACAACAGAACCAUAUUGUGCUAGGAAAAUUGAAUUAAUAAAAAAUGUGUCCUGUUUUGGCCAGACAACAAAAAAGUGUGGUAUGAUUAUGUUUACUGUGACUAAAGGGAUAUGAACUUAGAAUACUGGUAGGUGAUGAUAAUAUAAGCAGUGGCUUGAAUGUAACAGUUCAUUCAGAAGAUGUUGAAAAUUAUGAAAAACAUGCUUGUGUAAGGCAAGUAAAUGGUGUUCACAUUACAACCUUGACUACUGAGUUAUAUCAUAGCUUCACACUUAUAAACAUUUUUUUGUUAAGUCUGUUUUGUGUGGACUUGUGUGUGUGUUUUUUUAACUGUGACACUCACACACAAAAUUGAAGAUUUAUAGGUAUUCUAGAUGUAGCUUAGAGGAAGUCUACAUACAAAUUUGAAUCCAGUUUAAUGUGUUAAAAAAUUGCCUUGAUUUCUGAACUCUGCAGCCAUGUCAGCAAAGAAAAACGAUUCCACUCAAGGACAAACAAAAACAAUGUCCAAUAGGGUCAGAAGUUUACAAGACGCUCUUAACUCCAAGCUGAAGUUAGCGGAAAAAUCAGCGUUUGUUGCUGUGCUGAACCAGUACCACAUGUCACGUGAUGUACCAGAGUUUGUACGUAGUCUCAAGCUACUGUUUAGCACACCAGACAAGAAACAGUUGUUUGCACUCAUCAGGAAAGUCGUUCCAAAGGCAGAUCUUGAGGAGUAUGACCGGUGCAUGCAAUUAGACGCAGGAAAGUUCAAUACAAUGCCUGCCAAACGGUCAAAAAAGAUACGAUCAAGACCACCUUUAAAUUCUGAGGUUGAUUCAAAAAGUCUGUUAUCCUCAGAAAAGCAGAAGAAGCCAAAGAAAGAGAAAAGUGCAAAAAGUAAAGAAACUAAAGAUAAACAAAAAAAGCACAAUUUGAGUUUUAUGAAAUCACCAGAAAAUGCGUUGACAUUCAAUCCAAAACAGGCUGUGCAGAAAGUGAAAACAGCUUUAAAAGAGAAAGGUCAAGGCAGCGAGGUCAUUCAUCAUAUCCAAAUGCAUCAUUCUGGGGACCCUGAAAAGGGCUUUGGGUUCAGCAUCCGGGGCGGUUCUGAAUACGGCAUUGGUAUUUAUGUUUCCAUGGUGGAUGAUGGAGGAAAAGGUCAGGUACACAAGCUGGUCCCUGGAGACCUGAUACUGGAGGUCAAUAACAUCUCAUUCCAUGGAAUCUCACAUCAGGAAGCAGCACAGAUCAUCAAAGGAUCUCGUAAGCUAGACAUGAAGGUGAGCCGCGUUGGCCUAAUUCCUGGCACGUCAGUCGUUCAUGAGAUGUAUAAGUGGGUCGAUGACCUUGGACGACCCACUUCUCCACCGCCAGAAUUGGAACAGAUCAAGCGGAACGAUUCCGCGGGAGCCAAGUCUGAAUUUAAUCUGCUUAGGCCUGGUUCCAUUGAGCAGAAGAUUAAUGUUUCCGUAAGUGAAGGUGAAAGCCUUGGUCUAAUGAUUCGAGGUGGUCGAGACUUUGGGCUCGGAAUUUAUGUAUCUGGUGUGGACCCGAUGUCAAAGGCAGAUGAAUGUGGUUUAAAGGUCGGAGACCAGAUUCUUGAUGUGAAUGGUAGAAGUUUCCUGGACAUCACACAUGCAGAAGCAGCUGCCAUUCUGAAGAAGUCAAGACACCUUAUGUUCACCAUCAAAGAUGUUGGAAAAUUGCCGUUUGGACGGACCAAGUUUGACAAAACAAGCUGGAAGGAUAAAAACAGUGGCCCUCCAACACGUCGCAGGAAGGAGAGUGGGCAGUCAGAUAGCACUGUUACUCAAGACAGCAAGCAAAGUACCAUCUUUCGGAAGGGCAUUGGUUCCCAGCUAAUGUUGAACACGGGCAUAAGUGUCAAAUGGGACUCAAUUGAGCACCAGGCAUCAGUGCUUCUGAACGAAACUGAGCAAGGAACUUUGCGAUAUUACCUGAGUGAAUACCAGACAGAAUUUAUCAGCGUGGAUGGAUUGGCGAUGGCAUCGUUUGAACUGCUAAAUACAAAAGCAAAGAUGACAAUGAUGCCAGAGAUUAGGAAUUGGGUGAGGCCAGAAGAUGUCCAGAAAUUCGAUCUUCUUCUUCAAAGACGUGAGGCUCAACAACGUCAUGGUUUCCUACCAUCAAGUAACAGCGUGGUUUCCUUGGAUACAAGUCAAGGUCAAAGGUCAAGGUCACAAGACAAAACAUGGAGUCAGGGUCAUAAUUUGAAAUUCUCAAGGUCAGUGCCCGGGUCACGUGUUGCCACGGUGAGGGAGAGACCAUCACGUACACGGAAACUCGUGCCAGAGUGGGAGCUGGAGCCGCUACGUAUUGCCAUUGAACAGAUAGAGGACCACCCAGGAUAUGCCUUGGACUAUGAGAAACAUCACCAGUCUGCAGGCUUGUUGAUGACAGAUACAGUGAACCAGUCUAGACCAAACCUGCUGAAAACAUCACUGUCAUCCAGAAGGGCCAUGUCACAGGAAACCCUGACACCAGUGUACAUAGAUACAACGUCAGACCUACCACCCUCACCUCGUUCUGCAAGUUCUUCAUCGUUGCGAUCAUACACCACUAGUUCGUCACGGCAACAUCGCAGGCCCACUAGUGGCUACAUGCACAGACAGCGAGCAGGAAGCAACAGCUCGACAUUGCGGCGAAAGAAUCGCUCUGUAGAAGAUGUCAGAAUACCCACCCACGGCAAGAAACUUUCCAUGCCCUAUCAGUCUGUCACUAGCAGCCCUAUGGGGCCGAGGAGAAAUCUGGCCAGCCAUUCCGUCACUCACUUACAUGACAGCUACGAUGAGGAAUAUCCGGACUCACCGCUAUCAUACCGGGAGAACAUAAUAUUUGCAGAAGUCCAUCCUUUACCUCGGACUGAGGCACCAUCCAGUGAUGACAGUGGUGUUGAUGUGAAUGGUAACCAUGGAAACGAAAAUAACAGCCAUAAUUUUUCAAAUCGCCAGAAAAGGGUGACAAUAUCCAAUGAGAAUCCUAUCGACAUUGAUGAAAUUCUUGAAAGUCGAUCUUUUGAGCUACCUGGAUCCCAAGACAGUAAAACAUCCACAUUAACCAAUCACAGUAUCAGAUCCAUGUCACAUGAUAGCAACCAUUCCACAUUGACCAAUCAGAGUCGUCGUUCUGUGUCACAUGACAGCAACCAUUCCACAUUGACUAAUCAGAGUAUGCAAUCUUAUAACAACCGGCACUCGACCCUGACCAAUCGAAGUCAUCCUUCUAUUUCACUAGAAAGCAAUCAUUCCACAUUGACCAAUCGCAGCAGCGGAUCUAGAACAAGCUUAGCUGGUGUGACCAAUAGAAACCAGCCAGACAAUUCAAAUUCUAACUUUAAUAGUAUAAGAGCAACAUCAUCACCAAGAAUGAGUGGAACCCUUAGUUCUCGCAGAAAUGGGAAGUAUAAACCACCUGUACAAAUUCUAAUCAAUGAUGGUGACGGUUCCAUCGACACUCUGAGUCUUGAAAGCCCCUCGUCGCCACGGUUUCUUCACAAGCCUAACUUUGGCAGUAACCAGUCAAGAGCUUUACGCCGACCGAAAAAAGGAGGUUUUGGUAACCUGUCAGUUUCAAGGUCAAGUACUAGUUUUCAUCAGCAGAACUCAGAUACUGAUGAUGACAUUGGCGCUGAAGAUGACGAUGAUACUGAUGAUUAUCCUAAUACCAGGAGCUUUGACAAAUAUUCUUUCUCUGGAGAGAAUACUGACAAGUUUGUGAGCCCGUUGGACCAUAUACUAGACCAGGAAGACUCUUUUGGUGAAAUGGAGCAUCGCCAGAUCGAAGAAGCAAGGCAUAAAUAUGGUAACAUCCCAAUGCGUGUGGUUUACAUCUACAAGACAAAACCAACCCUGGGGAUGGCUGUAGAGGGUGGGGCCAAUACUAGACAGCCCCUCCCUAGGGUCAUUAACCUGCAGCCAGGUGGGUCAGCGUUUGAGUCAGGAGGUCUCAAGGUCGGUCACGUGAUUCUAGAGGUCAACGGGGUGAGUCUCCUCGGUAUGGAGCACAUUGCAGCAGCCAAGACCAUUGCAGAGGCCUUCAAGAGCAGGGACAUAGGGAACGUUGAACUGUUAGUGACAGAGUCAAACGCUAGAAUUAAGGGGGUGUGAUGGGGAUUCUUUGACACUGUGUGGAACUGUGAUGUGAAUUGUUGACAUUCGGUGAAACUCAAGAAUCAAUUGGUUGUGAUAUGAUUUUUUUUUCCGUUAAUACACUUUAUUUUCCAGUCAUUGAUCUAAGAAAAACCUUCCUAGCAUCAAGUUUUAGCUAGUAAAAAUGUAAGAGAUGUCAUGUUUAGAUUAAUCUUGAUGAAACUAUUUAAUGAUGUUUAUGUUGUCAACUAUGCCAAGUUUAAAUGCGGGCCAAGUGGAGUAAAAACAACAUCAUGUGGUCAAAUUUUAGAUAAACGUUAUUACCAAACAGAAAGACACAUUUUUUUAUACAGUCUUAAUAAAACUUGAUGUACAUGUUUUUAUUUAGAAUAUCUAAGACAAGUUUAAAUCUGGGUCAAUUUAGGUCAAAACUAUGUCACUGGUUCAUUAGAAAAAUAUUGUUAUAAAUAUAGAAUCAACAUUUAUGAUUUACUUAUGAAUGAACUGGAUCGGAAUUUUUAUUUUGACAAUAUAUAAGCCAAUUUUGAAUAUGAUAAAAACUAUGUUUACACUAAAGAACUUACAUUUACAACUCAAGUUUGGAUGCAACUUGGUCAGAAUGUUAUUCUGAGCAAUAUCUUAACAAAGUUUGAAUCUGGGUCAAGGGUUUAACCCAUUUAUGCCCAGUGGACUCUCCCAUCCUUCUAAAUUGGAUCAAUUUAUUUCCAAAAUUAGGGGUGUCAAGUAUAUUUAUUUUUAUAUUUAGAAUAUUUCAUAAAGAAAUUCAUUUAAGCAAACAGCGCAGACUCAGAUGAGAAGUCGCAUUAUGUGGCGUCUCAUCUGGGUCUACGCUGUUUGCAAUGUCCUUUCUUCAGGACGCUAGGCAUAAAUGGGUUAAACAAAACAUUUUGCCAUCAGGUGAAAUCCUUUUAUCCACAUUUAUAUCAAUCAUGAUAAACUUGGUCAUGCUCCAAACACAAACUAGGAUUAGUUUUAAUUUAAGUACGCAAAACUCUAGCACCAAGUCAAAUAUUUAAAUUUAAUACACCUUACACUCACUAAAUGUGUCCUCUGUGCUCUAAUUGUGAUGAAAUAUAGUCUGAAUGUUUGUUUUGAGCAUAUGUAGGCCAAGUUUCAAACUGUCGUCACCAAUACAUGAAUUCAAAACCUUAGUCACAAGGUCAAAUCUUCUACAUGUGAUGUACAGCUUGACCUCAGAUGAGCCCAAUGAGGGCCUGCAGGGGCCUCUAGUUUGAUUAAAAUGACCUGAAGGCUUUUGAACACUCACAAUCCUUGUAUUCUAUUAAAGGCACCAUUCGGAAGUUGCACUGUCCAUCUGUAAGAGUGCAUAAUUGUCUGUCUGAAAAUUCCUAUCUCAGUUAUUACUUUGCAAUAAUAGGAUGGAUUUUUUUUAACUUGGCAUACAUGUGAGUGAUUGUUAUGUAAGGUGUUGGGUGUGAUACCAGUUUCAUGGAAUUUUAAAAUACAACAAAUGUCAACCAUCAGAAGAGGGAGCGUGCUCCAACCUCAACAGUGAAGAUAAAUUUUAGUCGUGAAAGGUCCAAAGCUGAUUUUUAACACAAAAGUUGAAUGUUUGGAGUAUCUGUGCCCUAUGGACACAUUUUGUUGUCAAUGUUUUGGGCGUUAAAUAUAUUUUUGUAUUGCUUUUGUAUGUUCACAAUAUUUUUGGAUUAAGUGAGGGGUAGGGUGGAAGAAAAUUCUGCAUUUACUUAACAAGGAUUCGUUCUUGAAACAUUUCAUGAACACAUUAUUUACUGUUGGUGUACUAUUUUAACUUGACUUUUGUAAUAUUCAUAUUUAAGUAGUUCCUAUUCAUGUAUCAGAGCUGAUAUCAAAUACAUCAGCAAAACCAUAUUUUGCAAACUAUCUGUGUAACAUUGAUGAUGUUUUAUCAAUCUAAAUAACCCAGAUAUUUAAUUAUACAAACAUUUAAUGUAAGUCAUAUUGAUUUUAUAUUAUUAUAUAUAAAUAUUCAUAUUAAACUUUUAAAAAUGUUA